UAACGGUACACAGGGGCGUGAUCAGUGAAAGGGGUGAAAGAGAACGCGGGGGCGAACGAGAGAAAUUAGCACUGAGUAGCAGUGCGAAGAAACCACCAGAUAUCCAGAUAUUCGACAAAUAAACAAAUCGCGCAAGUGUACAAGUGCCCGCAAUAUCGCACUAAUUAGGGGCUGAACAGAUUCAGAGUGUCCGCACAGAUUGGCCGGGGGAUAAUUAUUUGCGUGCCAUGAGUUAUAGGCGAUCUCCGCGGCCAAGUAAUUGACCCCCUCAAGGGGGCGAAUUGGAAUUGGUUCGGAUCGGCAGCCGGACCCAGCUGAACAGUCUCUCGAUUUUGACCCAACCAAAGUUUAUUAUUGUUUGGGCCACGGCAGUGUAAACAAAUAACCGUAGACAGAAGUGGCGGCGCGAAGAUGGAGAACGUGCGCUUUUCGAUUAUUGAAAACGAUCUUAAGUGGAAUUCGGAGAGCGACCAGGCGGCGGAUGAGGAUCUGCUCUUGGACAAGCGAAGCAGCAUCUCCAGCGAAGCCAACAGCGCAGGGGUGUUCAGCGAUGAGGCGCACGAGAUCUUCGCUCGUCAGCAGCAGAAUCAGAUCCUCUGGGAGCUCGAGGAAAUUGAGGAAACUCUGGCCGCGGCGCCGGGGGGCAAGCACGUUCUGGAAAUGGUCAGGUCUGGUUGUUUCCUGGACCUAAUGGCCGACUCAGGAGUCUGGGACUGCAAUCUGGCCUUGAUCUGCUGCUCUGCGUUCGGGAGUUUAGAGAACAUUCAAUACUUGUUCAAACACCACAGCUACAGCGUGGAUCCGAACGUGGCCGACACCCGUGGCCGAACGCCCCUUCAUUUUGCCUGCAGCCGCGCCAACGCUUCCAUUGCCAAAGUCCUGCUCGACCACGGCGCUGAUCCGAAUCGCUGGGACUCCAAGAAAGAAGUAACGGCUCUACACUGUUCCGCCAGCUCCAAAAGCGUCGAGUGCAUUUUACUACUGCUGCGGCGCAAAGCGAACAUCAACAUCGGCAUCGAGAAGCGUUCCGCCCUGCACUACGCCAUCGACGUCAACGCAGUGGACUGCGUUGAGAUCCUUCUGAAAUAUGGUGCCGAUCCGAACACUCCCCAGGUCUACACGGAGACGCCGCUGCACACGGCCAGCGCUGCGGGAUUCGCCAAGUGCGUCCAGCUGCUCCUCAACCACAAUGCCGACGUACGAUCUCAGUUCGGCGAGGGAAAGGUUACGGCUCUGCACUUGGCUGCGGAAAACGACUACGUGGAGUGUGCUCGACUGCUCCUAGAGCACCGGGCCGACGUGGACUGCCGAAAUGCUAGCCACCAGACGCCCCUGCACUUAGCUUGCCUUUCGCAGUCGAUCGGCACCGUGGAAGUCCUCAUCUCGUAUGGGGCCAAUGUGAAUGCCGUCUACAGGGACGGGAGAACAGCUCUCCACGCGGCCAUAGUCAAGCAAUCGCGGUGCCUAGACUGCUGCAACGCCCUGCUGAAGGCGGGGGCAGAUGUCAACAAGGCAGAUAACUAUGGGUAUACACCGCUCCACAUUGCAGCACUGAAUGAAUUUAGCAGCUGUGUAUACACUUUCAUAGAGCACGGGGCUGAUAUAACCGCAAGGACCGACGGACACGUCUCGGCACUAUCAUUUAUAGUGCGGCGCACGCCCGAGAUCAUCCCCAAACUCAUGCAGAAAUUGGACCGUUCGAUAAAGGCGAAUGACCAUGAAAUCGGCGACGUAGACUGCCAGAUUAAGCUGGACUUCAGGCUCCUGGUGCCCAGUUCGUCCAUGGAGCGGGGCGAAACCGAGCUGCUCUUGUCCCUGAUUGAGGUCGGGCAGAAGCGCAUCCUAAUGCAUCCGCUUUGCGAGACGUUUCUCUUCCUUAAGUGGCGCCGCAUCCGCAAGUUCUUCCUCAUGAGCCUGGCCUAUCAUACUUUCUUUGUACUUCUUUUCACGCUUUACACUUGCUCCGUCUACGUGCGCUGCUGCAAGGAUGGGGAAGUGUGCGUGGCUCCAGGCUACGUGUCCACCGUUGGAUACCUGGUGAUCAUUCUAAACCUAAUCCUGCUCGGCAAGGAGGUGUUCCAGAUGGCCCACGGUCUGCACGGCUACGCCAAGUACUGGGAGAACUGGCUGCAAUGGACCAUUGUCUUCGGAGUGUUGUUGUGUGUGUCUCCGGAGAUCUUGCGAACUGGCGAUUUGCUGGGGGUGCCGGUGUGGCAGCAUCACGUGGCAGCUGUGGUGAUUUUGCUGGUCUGGUUAGAGUUAAUGAUGUUGGUGGGGCGAUUCCCCAUGUUUGGCGUAUACGUUCAGAUGUUCACCAAAGUGGCUUUUAACUUUGCAAAGUUUCUGCUGGCCUACAUUUGCCUGCUAGUAGCAUUUGGUCUAAGCUUUGCAGUGCUCUUCAAUGAUUAUCCUGCUUUCGAGAACAUCACCUGGUCCUUUCUAAAGUCCAUCACCAUGAUGUCCGGCGAGCUGGAGUUUGAGGACAUAUUCUAUGGGGACUAUGCCGUGAAGUUUCCGGUCACCGCUCACAUAAUAUUUCUGUCCUUCGUGCUGCUCGUCACAGUGAUCCUGACAAACUUGAUGGUGGGAUUGGCCGUCAGCGACAUCCAAGGACUGCAAGUGAGUGCUACGCUGGAUCGUUUGGUGCGCCAGGCGGAGCUGGUGUCGCGCCUAGAAAGUCUCUUCUUCUCGCGCCUGUUGCGAAGCGCACCGACCAACUUAAUCCAGCUCUGCAAGCGAAGUGCUCUUCUGCGCACCUCCCGGGACAAACUUCAAUUCACCAUACGGCCUAAUGACCCCCGCGACAAUCAGCUGCCCGAGGACAUUAAACUUAACGUAUACAAACUGGUGGCAGAACGGCGCGACCGGAACCAGAGCCUUCGGCGUCGCCAGUUCGAAGACAACUACAACAUAUUUAGCCGCAGCCUGCAGCGUCAGCAGAACACGUUCCAGAGGGACUCCCUUCAGCCGGAACCAGUCAUGGCGAGUCCCAAGAAAACUCCGCAGAACAUUUUCCACAUGCAUGAGCUGCUGCGUCCUCGAUCAGCAACGAAUGUGCCGCAGCAGUUGCGUCAAGAGCAGGAGGGAACGGUCAAGAUGAAGAACCAGGCGAAUGGCCUAUUCGCAGUGCAAACCGAGGUGCAGGCGAUCAAGACGCAGCUGGGUGAACUGGUGGCCAAAUUCGAGCGCUUCUCGGAGAACGCCACUAGAAAACUGAACUACAGUGCUGAUGAACUGUGCCGGCUGCGGCAGCAGAGUCAGUCGGGUCAGUCGGUGGUUUCCAGUCAUAACCGUCACCAUCGCUAAAUCGUGUCCCGUGUUAGUUUUAUUCCUAUUAACAAUUAAAGCACAUUACGAUUAAGGAA